AUGGCAAGUAGUGCUGUUUGUUCCUCUUCAUUUGUUGCAUUUUCUCCCAAAAAGUAUGAUGUUUUUGUAAGCUUUAGAGGAGAGGACACACGCAGCAAUUUCACUAGUCAUCUUAUCACUGCCUUGUGUCAAAGAUCAAUCAAAACCUUCGUAGACUACAAGCUUGAGAGAGGAGAGGAGAUUUCACAAGCACUCACCGAUGCAAUUGAGGACUCAAAUGUGUCCCUGAUUGUCUUCUCAGAAAACUUUGCUUCCUCAAAAUGGUGCUUGGAGGAACUCACCAAGAUACUCGAAUGUAAGAGGAAUCAGGGACAAGUUGUUAUACCUGUGUUCUAUAAAGUUGACCCUUCACAUGUCCGAAAGCAUACUAUGAAGCAAGCAUUCGCAAAACAUGAGCAAGAUUCAGCUGCUCUCAAAGUGAACAAGUGGAAGGCUUCUCUCACUGAAGCAGCCAAUUUAGCUGGCUGGGACUCCCGGACCUAUAGGUAA